UCCAUAAAUCUGGAAUAAAAGUAAAGGUGACUGAAAAUAUCAUCAAUUAGUGUACAUAUCUUAUCUGGUUCGCUAAUGUACUUUGGAUAAGGAAACUUCCCAACCUUUUUAAGUCUGGUCUAUGUGUGACUUCAAACUCAGAGCAAUGUGAUUGACUCUUCAGUGACCUCUGAAAUAGCCUAAGAGUCCAUUUAGUUCAAUGGCAAUUCGAGAUGGGCAACAAACGUCGGCCUUGUCAGCGACGCCCACAUCGAUGAAAGAGUAAAUAAAAACAGUGGAUGUUCAAUCAAAUGUAUUUUAAAAAUGAGGUGGAUUUAAGCACUUGAAAUGAACAAUAGUUUAUGGGGAGAUGAUGGAAAAGUCGAAUUAAUGAAAUGUUGGGUCAUGUUCUUACUGAAGCGGGGGGUGGGAGGAAGAAGUUGGAUGGCCCAUGUAGCUUAUUUAUGCCUCUUUUUCUUAUGUUCUUGUGUAUCAAUGCCUUAUGAUGGUGAAAGUCAAAAGUCGUUUUCUCAGCUUUGUUUUUACCUGCCUAAUAGACAGUCUCCACAUCUGUGCUUUGCGCAGUGUCGUCUAUACGUGACAUACAGUUAAUAAAAAGAAACUGCUGUACCAUUUAUCUGCAAAUAAUAACUAGGAUCAUUAGCCUUGCUGUAAUUUUGUUAGAAAAUGUGUUUGUAUUGCUGAAAAACUCUUUGAUAGUUAAAAGUCUAGAGCUAACAGAUUGAAGGAAAGAAGUGGGAAUAUUUUUGGUUGUACAACCAUAAAUAUUGUUCUUACGCAAAAGGUUUGCAAAGACAUUCGAGCUUUAAGCGACGCCUAAGACAAUGAUUGGUUGAUAUGGACAUACCUACGUUCACCAAUCAGAAGCUAGAACAUGCCUGGAGAUCCCUUUUCCCUCCCCAUCCACCAUCAACCUAAGAUCGGCGACAGUGUAAAAUGGACAGCAAGCUGUCGGUUUCUGUCUUGCGAUUUGCACGUAUACCUACGGAUGAUUUUCGAAUGAAUAGGAACGGCCGUCACAAAUGAGACUAGGAUCUAUAAGUAAUACUGGUACUUUGCAAAUUACAGCUCUCGCAAAAUUAUAUAUAGGGAAGUUUAUUGAGACCAGUUGGCGAACGGAGCUGCGCUGCACUGAAGCAUCUGAAAUGUUUUGUCGCUGGAAAUGGGAUAUUAUAGAAUACACUGGUUAGUAAAACUGCAACUGUUGUACUGUGUAUUCCCCUCUUGGAUUCUGGUUUCGGGGCAAAUUCGUUACUCGAUUCCUGAAGAGUUACAGCUGGGUGCCUUUGUUGGAAACAUUGCCGAGGAUUUGGGUUUACACGUGAAAGAGCUGUCGCCUCGAAAUUUUCGAAUUGUGCCCGGCCCCAACAAAAGGUUUUUCGACGUAAAUUUAGACAAUGGGAUUUUACUUGUGAAGGAGACAGUUGACAGAGAGCAACUCUGUGGGUCGAGUCUCAUAUGUGUAUUGUCUAUAGAGGCUGUGAUCGAAAAUCCUCUGAAUGUCUAUCGAAUUGAGGUGGAGAUUUUGGAUAUUAACGAUAACGUUCCCCAUUUUCCAAAAAACGAAAUCCGCCUUGAAAUGUCUGAACUGGCUGUACCGGGAGCGCGCUUCCCUCUUGAGUGCGCGCACGACCCUGACGUUGGAACCAAUUCCCUACAAAGCUACCGAUUGCUUGGGAGUCAGUACUUCGGUCUGGACGUUGAAACCCGCAGUGGGGACGAGAAGCUGCCGGUGCUGGUGCUUGAAAAGGCACUGGAUCGAGAGAAAGAAUCAACCCACAGGUUAGAGCUUAUUGCCAAGGAUGGAGGGAUCCCUCCGCGGUCCAGCACUGCUCAAAUAAUAAUCACGGUGCUGGACGCCAAUGAUAAUUCUCCCGUGUUCUCCCAGUCGGUUUACAGGGUCAGCCUGAAUGAAAAUGUGCCCAAAGGAACAAUGGUGAUCAUACUGAAAGCAACUGAUUUGGAUGAUGGUUCUAAUAGCGAUAUAGAAUAUUCUUUUACCAGUCAUACCUCAGGGACAGUGCGUGAGCUGUUUGAUCUGGACUCCAAAACAGGGGAGAUCAAAGUGAAAGGCAAUUUGGACUAUGAAGAAAAUAAUGCUUUUGAGAUCAAUGUUCAGGCAAUGGAUAAGGGUCCUUAUGCGGUUCCAGUGUACUGUCACAUACAUGUCGAUGUUACCGAUGUGAAUGAUAACUCACCAGAGGUAUUAGUAACUUCUUUGUUCAGUCCAGUUAGUGAAGGCGAUGUGCCCGGGACUGUGGUGGCUCUGAUCAGCACCACCGACAAAGACUCAGGAGAAAAUGGACAUGUCCGCUGUCAAAUCCCAGAUAACAUUCCGUUUAAAUUGAAUUCUCCUUUAAAGAACUAUUACAAAUUGUUAACGCGGGAGGAACUGGACAGGGAAACCGCCUCCAAGUACGACAUCACUGUCCUCUGUAGUGAUGCAAGCUCGACCCCACUGUCUUCCAAGAAAACUUUGCGGGUGGAGGUCACUGACGUAAAUGACAAUGCUCCACGUUUUAAACAGCCCGUGUACACAGCCUAUGUGAUGGAGAACAAUGUUAUCGGAGGGUCAAUCCUCUCUGUGGAAGCGUCCGACCCGGACGUCAAUGCGAACGGUCAGAUAUCUUACUCUAUUCCGAGAAAACAGAUUCAGGACGAACCAGUGACCAACUACGUGCGUAUUGAUUCAAAUAAUGGAGUCAUCCUUUCUCAGUUAACAUUUGAUUAUGAGAAACUUAAAAACUUUCAGUUCCAUGUUCAGGCACAGGAUUCUGGAGUUCCAGCACUCAGCAGCAAUGUGUCAGUAGAUGUUGUUAUCCUUGACCAGAACGACAAUGCUCCAGUGAUUCUGCACCCACUACCUGAGUAUGGGCCAACAGCAACAGAGGCAAUGUCCCGUUGGGCGGAACCAGGAUACCUGGUUACCAAGGUAUCUGCCACUGAUGCAGACUCUGGUCAGAACUCUCGCCUAUCUUAUCAGAUUAUUCAGGCUACUGACCCAGGACUUUUCACGAUUUCACCAGAUACUGGCGAAAUCUGGACAGUCCGUAGAAUUGAGGGCAGAGAUUCAAUAAAGCAGAGUUUAACAAUUAUUGUAAAAGACAACGGAACUCCACCACUUUCAGCGUCUAUGACGAUCAGUAUAUCGGUGGUCGAUGAGGAAUCAGAGCUGCUUUCUGAUGCUGGAAGUUUAAAUGAAGAUCCCGGGUUCCCUUCUGAUUUGAGUUUUUACUUGGUGAUAUCCUUAGCAUUAAUUUCGUCCACUUUUCUGAUAAUUUUAAUCGUCCUUGCUGUGAAAGUGCACAGGAACAGAACUCGGCUCGGAGUUUACAGCUGUGCCCUGGACACCUGCUGCUGUUGUGAAUCAAGACAUUCAUUGAAUGGCAUUCAAAGGGCCAGCAGAAACAUUCAGAUACCUCCAAAUUAUGUGGAAGUAUUUGGUGGUGACCCUCUGUCUCAGAGUUUCCGCUACGAGACAUGUUCAACCUUAGGUUCAACUAAGCAUGACUCUGCCUUUUCAAAGUCAGAGAGGGUCUCUGAUGAAGGGUCUAGGCCAGAAACGUCAGCUUUUGAGUAA